AUAUGGCCAGGUAAUUAAUAUAUAUCACUAUAAAUAGAGCGCAAAUCUGUAGCAGAAAGUUAUAAACUGUUUAAUGCAGAUUUCGUCAAAAACAAACAAAAGAAGAAGAAGAGUGAACUAUCAACUUACCAGGAAGAAGACAUGGGAAGCGAGUACGAGGAGGCGAUUGCAGCUUUGUCCAAGCUUCUCAGUGAAAAAGCUGAUCUCGGAAGUGUUGCCGCCGCGAAAAUCAAGCAGAUAACGGCCGAUUUAGAGGCAGCUGGGAGUUCCGACGCGGAUAACCGGAUCAAAACCGGUUUCAAUCAUUUCAAGACAGAAAAAUUCGAGAAAAAUCCUGAUCUGUACGGUACACUUGCCAAAGGCCAAAGCCCGAAGUAUAUGGUAUUUGCAUGCUCGGACUCUCGGGUGUGUCCGUCCCACAUACUGGAUUUCCAACCAGGGGAAGCUUUUAUGGUUCGAAACAUUGCCAGCAUGGUCCCGCCCUAUGACAAGAAAAAAUACACCGGAGUUGGUGCUGCUAUUGAAUAUGCAGUCCUGCAUCUAAAGGUGGAGAAUAUUGUGGUUAUUGGGCACAGUUGCUGUGGAGGUAUCAAAGGGCUCAUGUCUAUCCCCGAUGAUGGAACCACUGCUAGUGAUUUUAUAGAAGAUUGGGUUAGCAUCUGCUUAGCUGCAAAGACCAAGGUGAAAUCCGAAUGCAAUGAGAUGAGUUUCCAAGAACUAUGCGAGCACUGCGAGAAGGAAGCAGUGAAUGUAUCUUUGGGGAACCUAUUGACAUAUCCAUUUGUUAGAGAGGCAUUGGUGAAGAAAACCCUUAUGUUGAAAGGCGCACACUAUGAUUUUGUCAAUGGGAACUUCGACCUUUGGAAUCUCAACUUCCAAAUCGCUCCCACUUUAGCUUUGUGAGCAUUUUUAUUUCAACUUGUCGCAUACAAUAAGGUUAGUGGUUGGCUCAUUAUGUUGGACUCAACAAGGAAAAUAAUGUAUUGAGUCGAGUCAGCCCGAGUUUGCAUGUCGCAGAACAUGUUAUAGUUCUAUUUAUUUAU